AUGACCCAACUCAUUCUGUCGUGUGCUGUUCUGUUGUCUCAGGCUUUUGUCAAGGUCUAUAAGAAUAAGGCGUACCAUAAGCGUUAUCAAACCAAGUAUCGCCGAAGACGUGAGGGUAAGACUGAUUACUUCCAGCGUCGCCGUAUGGUGAAGCAGGACAAGAACAAGUACAACACUCCCAAGUACCGUCUUGUCGUCCGUAUCACCAACACUAAGGUCAUCUGCCAAGUCAUCUACGCCACUAUCACUGGUGAUCGCGUUCUUGCCGCCGCUGAGUCCACUGAGCUCAAGAACUACGGUAUCCCCGUUGGUCUUAAGAACUACUCUGCCGCCUACGCCACUGGUCUCCUCGUUGCUCGUCGUACCCUUAAGAAGCUCGGUCUCGACUCUACCUUCGAGGGUCAGAAGGAGAUCGAUGGUGAGGAGUACUAUGUCGCUGAUGAAGAGUACGAGGGUGAGAAGAGGCCCUUCAAGUGCGUCCUCGAUGUUGGUCUCGUCCGUACUACCGUCGGUGCUCGUGUCUUCGGUGCUAUGAAGGGUGCCGCCGAUGGUGGACUCGAUAUCCCUCAUAACCCCAAGCGUUUCCCUGGCUACGAGGCCCCUGAUGAAGGCAAGGGCGAGGGCGAGUACGACGCUGAGGUCCAUCGUGACCGUAUCUUCGGUAACCAUAUCGCCGAGUACAUGAACCAGAUGCUGGAGGAUGAGCCCGAGGAGUACGAGAAGCACUUCGCCGCCUACAUCAAGGCUGGUCUUAACGCUGAUAAUUUGGAAGAGGCCUACACUAAGUGCCAUGCUGCCAUCCGCGCUAACCCCGAGCCUGCUGCCAAGAAGCCGGCUCACCCCGGUGUCGUUCGCAAGGGCAACACUAUUGUCACUCCCAGCGGCAAUAACUACACUCGCUCCAAGAAGCUCAACCUCAAGCAGAGGAAGCAGCGUGUCUACGAGAAGAUCCGCGUUGCUCGUACUCGUGCUAUGGAAGAGUAGAUCUAGACCUGCGGUUGUUUCGUUGGAAUGUAAUCAGUCAACCCCUCACACCCUUGACGAAAGAAGACGACAGGCACCGAGUCUACUCCGUGCAGAUUCCAAUUGCCAGUCGUGCUCAGCCAGUUUCCAACGG